CGCGCGCCGGGGACAGCCCUCUGGUCCCGCGCGCCUCGGCCAACGCCGCGCGCUCUGCAGACCCCUAUCCUCCCCGUCUUUUUCCUCCUCUCCUCCUUCUCACCUCCUUUGCUUUUAUUGCUUUCCCUUCUUGCCGUACCCUUCUCUCUCUCACUCUCCUUCCUGUGUCCUCUUUCCACCUUCCCUUAUUCCCACCUUGGACCUCCCUUUCUGUUCCCACCACCGACUCGACCCUUCUCUGACUCUCCACCGUAGCAGCAGCCCUCCCCGUGCCUCAGUGUCCUCAUCUCAGUUUCUCCCGACGCCGCUCCUGGCUCGGCGCCUGGCGGCCUGGCCCCAGGGGGAAGGAAGGAUGGUUCCCGAGGUAAGGGUCCUCUCCUCCUUGCUGGGACUCGCGCUGCUCUGGUUCCCCUUGGACUCCCACGCUCGAGCCCGCCCAGACAUGUUCUGCCUUUUCCAUGGGAAGAGAUAUUCGCCCGGCGAGAGCUGGCACCCCUACUUGGAGCCACAGGGCCUGAUGUACUGCCUGCGCUGUACUUGCUCUGAGAGUGCCCAUGUGAGUUGUUACCGCCUCCACUGCCCGCCUGUCCACUGCCCCCAGCCCGUGACCGAGCCGCAGCAGUGCUGUCCUCGCUGUGUGGAACCUCACACCCCCUCUGGGCUCCGGGCCUCCCCAAAGUACUGUCAGCACAAUGGGACCAUGUACCAACAUGGAGAGAUCUUCAGUGUCCACGAGCUGCUCCCUUCCCGCCUGCCCAACCAGUGUGUCCUCUGCAGCUGCACUGAGGGCCAGAUCUACUGCGGUCUCAUGACCUGCCCAGAACCAGGCUGCCCCGCACCCCUCCCACUGCCUGCAUCCUGCUGCCAGACCUGCAAAGAUGAGUCAAGUGAGAAAUCAGCUGAAGAGGACAGCACACAGUUACACCGUGGGGCGAGACAUUCCCAGGAUCCGUGUGCAGGGGACAAUGGGAGUAAGAGGGUCCUGGGCACCCCAGCCCCCACCGGCCUCAGCUCUCCUCUGGGCUUCAUCCCUCGCCACUUCCGGCCAAAGGGGGCAGGCAGCACGACAGUCAAGAUUGUCCUGAAGGAGAAACAUAAGAAAGCCUGCGUGCACAGUGGGAAGACAUACUCCCAUGGGGAGGUGUGGCACCCAGCUUUCCGCUCCUUUGGACUCCUGCCUUGCAUCUUGUGCACCUGUCAGGAUGGCCGCCAGGACUGCCAGCGGGUGACCUGUCCCACUGAGUAUCCCUGCCAUCACCCUGAGAAAGUGGCCGGGAAGUGCUGCAAGAUUUGCCCAGAGGACAAGGCAGACCCCAGCCACAGUGAGAUCAGUGCCACCAGGUGUCCAAAGGUGCCAGGCCGGGUCCUCGUCCACACAUCAGUGUCUCCAAGCCCUGACAACCUACAUCGCUUUGCCGUGGAGCGUGAGGCCUCUGAGCAGGUGGAGAUCUACCUCUGGAAGCUGGUGAAAGGAAUCUUCCACUUGAUUCAGAUCAAGAAAGUCAGGAAGCAAGACUUCCAGAAAGAAGCACAGAACUUCCGGCUACUCACCAGCACCCAUGAAGGUCACUGGAACGUUUUCCUAGCCCAGACCCCGGAGCUGAAGGUCACAGCCAGUCCAGACAAAGCAACCAAGACCUUAUAAUAAAAACCUAAACAGUUGCAGAUAUGAGCUUUAUCAUUUUUGUUGUUAUAUAUUAAUAAAUAAUAAGUUGCAUUACCCCUCAA